AUGAACACGCAGCUAGCUGGCAGUCACCCCUACUUCAACCUGCCUGACUUCACCCAGCCAUUGGGGCCUUCCACUCUGCCCAGCCUCCCUUGGCACCUGUACUGCACCAAGGGUCUGCUUGUGGCCCUGCCGGGUGGGGGCCUGCCUGCUGGUUUCGUGGGCCCCUUUUCCCAGGUGUCUUACCAGACUUCCCACUUACCCUUGCUGCAGCUGCUCAUCUGUCAAUGCCUCUUCCAGCUGCCCUUUGCCUUGCCCCUGCCUCCACAACCUCCUCACUUGUCUUCAGUAGGACUAAUCAUUAUUGUGGGACCUGGACUAGGGAUACUAACGGAAGGGAUGAAGGGUCUCUACACUGCCCUGAGUUAUGUGCUCGCUUUCCUGGGCAGCCUGGCACUAUCGCUGGGCUUCCCAUCCUGCCUACCAACAGUGGCCUUCCUUUUUGGCUUGAUGGGUCUGGUGGGCUCCAUACCAGGACUCUUUCUGCUUCCCUUGCUGCCCAUUGAUCCUACGAGUUGGAGGUGUGUGGGGGCAGUGGUGAUCCUCGCCCUGGUCUCCUUUAUGUGUGUGAGCUAGGUGGUCACCAAGGCCCACCCUGCCCUGGUAUGUGCCAUCCUGCACUCUGAGGUGGUGGUGGUCCUGAUGCUGCAGCAUUAUGUGCUCUAUUGA